UAAACUCUUAAACGCUUUCUGGGGUAGUUUAUCGUUGGUUCUGUGAGUUUUAUUUGAGGAUUUGGACCGUGUUUGACUUUGGAUAAUGAAGAAAUCGAAGCUCGUCCCGAAGGAGUCGGAGGAGACGCGCAGAUUGAAAAAGUUUGUCAGAACUGCGGCUAAACUUUGAUGCAGCUUCUUUUAUGAUCAUGCCGGGUUUGGAAACUUAGUGGGAAUCGACAGUGAUGAUAAGCUCGGGGUUUGUCGUGCAGACGGAUUUAUAAAGAAGCAACAGAUUGUGUGCUUCUCUUUUUUUUUUUUUUUUUUUUUCCUCUCCGGAGUUUGAAUCUUCUCUCUACCAAAAUGUCCUCCCACACUUGGGGCCCCUUUGUUGGCUUUUUCGGGAUGCUUUGCAUCUGGCCUGUCUGGCUCUCGGGCUCUGCGGCAGUUUUGACUCCAAACGGGACGAUAUUCGACGAUAACUGCAAGAAAACGACAACAUGCGAGGCCCUAAAGUACAACACAUGCCUGGGAUCCCCUUUGCCGUACACACACACAUCUGUGAUCCUGGCUGAGGACUCCAGCACGCAGGAAGAAGCCUUUGAAAAACUGACCAUGUGGUCGGGUUUGCGAAAUGCUCCUCGCUGUUGGUCUGUCAUCCAGCCGUUGCUGUGCGCCGUCUACAUGCCCAAAUGUGAGAAUGGUCGCGUUGAGUUGCCCGGUCAGAGUUUGUGUCUGGCUACGCGCCGGCCGUGUAGCAUCGUCGACCAGGAGAGAGGCUGGCCCAACUUCCUCAAAUGUGACCAAUUCCCCAUUGGCUGCUCGAAUGAGGUCCAGAAGCUGAAGUUUAACACGUCGGGACAGUGCGAAGCCCCCCUAGUCAAGACGGACAUUCAGUCGAGUUGGUACAAGGACGUGGAGGGCUGCGGAAUCCAGUGUGACAACCCGUUGUUCACUGAGGAGGAGCACACUGACAUGCAUGCCUACAUUGCUUAUUUUGGCACCAUCACCCUCCUGUGUACCUUCUUCACCCUGGCCACUUUUCUUGCCGAUUGGAAAAACUCCAACCGUUACCCAGCUGUCAUCCUAUUCUACAUCAACGCCUGUUUCUUUGUUGGCAGUAUUGGCUGGCUGGCCCAGUUUUUGGACGGCGCACGCGAGGAGAUCGUGUGCAAAAGCGACAACACCAUGCGACUUGGAGAGCCCUCGUCUUCUGAGACGCUGUCAUGCGUCACCAUCUUCAUCAUCGUUUACUAUUCUCUCAUGUCCGGGGUGAUUUGGUUUGUCAUGCUGACCUACGCCUGGCACACGUCCUUCAAAGCUCUGGGAACCACCCAGCAGCCGCUGUCUGGCCGCACCUCCUACUUCCACAUGGUCACCUGGUCCAUCCCGUUUGUCCUCACUGUGGCCAUUCUGGCGAUUGCUGAGGUGGAUGGAGACUCUGUGAGUGGGAUCUGUUUUGUGGGCUACAAAAACUACAGAUACCGUGCUGGUUUUGUGCUGGCACCCAUUGGGGUGGUUCUUGCUGUCGGAGGCUACUUCCUCAUUCGGGGAGUCAUGACUUUGUUUUCUAUUAAGAGUAACCACCCAGGACUCCUGAGUGAAAAAGCAGCCAGCAAAAUCAACGAGACAAUGCUAAGACUCGGUAUCUUUGGAUUCCUUGCAUUUGGAUUUGUUUUCAUCACCUUUGGCUGCCACUUCUAUGACUUCUUCAACCAGGCUGAAUGGGAGAAAAGCUUCCGAGAAUAUGUGCUGUGUGAAGCCAAUGUGACAAUCGCAUCCCAGACAAACAAGCCAAUCCCAGAAUGCACCAUCAAAAACCGACCAAGCCUCAUGGUGGAGAAAAUCAAUCUGUUCUCGAUGUUUGGGACUGGAAUCGCUAUGAGCACCUGGGUCUGGACCAAAGCCACGAUCCUCAUCUGGAAACGCACCUGGUACAAGAUUAUUGGCCGGAGUGACAAUGAACCCAAGAGGAUCAAGAAAAGCAAAAUGAUCGCCAAAGCGUUUGCAAUGCGAAAAGAGCUCCACGUGGAUCCCGAAAAGGAGCUUUCAUUCAGCAUGCACACUGUGUCCCAUGACGGGCCUGUGGCUGGAAUCAAUUUUGACUUAAAUGAAGCCUCCAAUGACAUGUCAUCAGCUUGGGCGCAACAUGUGACGAAGAUGGUGGCCAGGCGAGGUGCAAUCUUACCUCAGGACAUCUCUGUUACUCCAACCGGGACACCAGUUCCACCACCACAGGAGAGGACCAGACUGUGGAUGGUAGAAGCUGAGAUAUCGCCGGAGAUGAUAAAGAGGAAAAAGAAGAAGAAGAAGAAGAAGAAGGAGGUGCGUCCUUUGGAAGAGGUAUUAGAGCAGCAGGCUUACCGCCAGCGCGAAUUUGGCCCCAACUCAUUGCCCCACCUGCCCAAAGUACCCUGCCACCCACGUCUGGUAGGCAGUUUGAGGGAACAGGAGCAGCAACAGAAGUUGGAAGAGGAUGUCUUGCCAGGGUCCUAUCCAGAUUUCCAUCCCUGUCACCCCCUAUCUUGUGAGGAGAGGUAUCCCUACCCAUGCUGCCAGAACAGUCAGAAAUCAUACGGCCACAGCCUUCUGUUCAACCCUUUGACUUUCAGUGACCGCCCAGAGGAUCUGGGCCUGGGUUCCAGCCGCCUCCCGUCAUCUAACACCUGGCAGCGCAGAGGAUCUUCUCGAUAUCCUUGCGAUGGGGAUCUUCCUGAAGGCAUGUCAGAGAGGCUUGCCCAUGUGGCUCAAGUACCGGCAGGACGAAGGUCUGGUUUUGGGCCCAUCCAUUCUCGGACCAAUCUAGUGGAAGCAGAGCUUAUGGACGCUGACUCAGACUUUUGAGAGAAAAGGUGUCAUAUGUUCUAGGUGGUAUUUUGUGGUACACAGACAGUAAGCUAAAAGAAGUGCUGGAUACUUUCAAAUUUACAAAAGUACACCCAACUCCCGAUGUUCUUUUCGCCCCAAGUAAUAAAGUGAUAUAUUGUGAAUAAAUUAAUGAAAAUAGUUUUUAUACUGUAUAUACAUUACAUAAAAUAAGUUGGCAUAGGUAUCUCCA